AUGUCCCCAAAGUCAAUGCUGACCUUAAAGGAGUUUAAAUCAGAAGCUUUUGUGUGGCUGGAAAAACAGCUGCAGGAGGAGAGGGAGAGGUUGCAGCGCCCCCCGGCAGACCUGUUGGUACUGCAGGCUGAGCUCCAGCGGGAGAGGGACAGACUCGGCCAGGAGAAGGCCGUGUACGAACACCAGAAACAGCAGCUCAAGAACGACCUAGACUCUGAGGUGAGCAGGUAUACUGAUCUGCGCAGACGACACGACGAGCAGACUCGACUGCUGAAGCAGACAGAACGGGAGGUCGCUGACCUUAGGCUGGCUCUACAGCAGACUCAGAUAGCCUUGCAGAAUGAGAUCUACAGAAAUCCCAAACCUUCAGUCAUUAACAGCCACAGGUCCUCCACUCCAUCCUCUGACGACGACUUACUCCGACCCGCGAACUCCGACCUCUACAUGGACACCAGCCUGAGGAAGACCAGGGUGGAUCCUGCCCUCCAAUUGGUCGGCGGUUACCAUAGCAACAGGAUGAGUGGCAGGCCUGACAGGUCCCUGGGGUUUAUAGAGGAGACGAAGCAGAGGUUUUUGGAGCUGGAGAGAGAAGCUGAGAACUUAGAGAAGACGUACCAGACCUAUCAGCAGAGGAUGGGCAACAUCCCCUCCUUACCUCGGGACCCGGCACAGGGGAUCAUCGGUCGCCAUCACGUGUCUCCCCCCCGCCCCACGCAUCACUCAUCAACCCCCCGCGCCGUGCACCAUGUGUCCUGGGCUGAACCUCCUCAAACCAGACCUGCAGCAGCAGCUGAGCUAGGUGAGUCCUACACCAGCACGAUCCACUCACCCAUCCGAGGGUCAGAUGACCACCCACGACCUUUGUCCUCCACGCCGUACAGACAAGAUGGCCGUCUCCAUGGCAACGCUUCCCUGGGGCUGUCAGAGGUCACGACCUGGAGUCCUGAGGAGCCAGCUCGCACACAGAGAAGAAGAGAUUCUGACCAGCCCAGAGAGUCCGUGCGUGCCCCGGCAGACCCCAUGACUGUGGAUGACCUGAUUGCCCGGCCGGGAGAGCCAAGUGUGGUCGUGCUGCCUGGCAGUGAGACAGAUUCUGAGCGGUCUGCGUCCCCUCCGCUGCAUGAGUCGACUGUCCUUGGUGCUGACCGCCGCGCUGCUGAGUCCGACCAGCCUCAGGACAGCAGGCAUGUACCCUCACCCAGGAGACAGGACACAGCACCAGAAGUAAGACAGCCUGAACGCUGGUCAACCCUGGAGAUGGCGCCGUCCCAGGAUGACAUGACUGGAGCGGACAGACGGUCACAGGAGGACAGGAGACGGCAGGAGGAGAGAGACAGACAAGACCAAGAGGAUCGUGAGCAGAGAGAGUGGGAGGAGACCCUGAGGAAACGAGAGGAGAGGAGGAGACAGGAGGAGGAGGAACGAGACAGACAGCGGAGGGAACUGGAGAGGCUGCAGAAGAUGGAGGCCACAUAA